AUCAUACAGAAAGAAUUGGAUGAAGUAAGAGAGGAAUGGCAUAAUCAUUAUAUCCGAAAGUCUCGACACCAUACUGCUUCAGGAAUCCCCAAUACUCUAUAUUAUUUACCAGACAGUGUUGGCACUAUUGACUACAAACACCAAUACAACCCCGAGGAUUUAGAAAAAAUUAAUCGUGAGCUGAAUCCAUCUGAUGAUUCAAAUGAAUCGCUCAUUUACCAGGAAUACUUUGCUUAUGCCAAUGAAAUGCUUGGUAUUACUCAGCCAAGUUCGUGGAGGAAUGCAUUAGACCUAUACCAUAGACUAUCAACAGUUGCUGAAACAUGA